AUGGUGGAAGAGGACCUCGGUCGGCUACAGGCCGUUUACAGAGAUGUAUUGGCAGAGGCAGAAUGGGAGGGCCACAGAACCAAGCCUUUGACCAUGCCUAGAGGAUUCCGCCAGGACUGUCGACUAUCACCAGUGCUAUUCAUGGUGUACGUGGCUGGUGUCGUACAGCACCUGGAGGGGUCUGGCUGUGGGUACACCAUGGUUCACAGCGAAUGCGGCCGACAGGUGACGAGCCACAUUUCAACGCUGGUGUAUGCCGACGAUUUUGCUCUGCUUGCGGGGUCGGCACAAGAGCUGCAGGGGCUGUUGGCCAUAUGUGCGAAGGAAAUGAGUCGGCUCCGACUGCGUUUCAGCUCUACAAAGUGCGUCGUGAUGGCGUGGGGAGUGUCUGACGUACCCCACGACACUACGUGGAGACUACAGGACAACGACAUCCAUAGGAGCGCCGCGACUAAAUACCUCGGUGUUCGGCUGACAGCGGGUGCAUACUACCUCUCAGCACAUGAGAAGAAGCUGAGGGCUAGAGCAUCCCGAUACAAGGGGAUUCUAUGCCAAAGGGCGCUGUGGUCGUACAACUGGUAUGAAGUCAUGCGAGCGCUAUGGAAGAUGGUGGCAGUGCCGGCCUCACGUACGCUAAUGCUGUGCUCUGCCUCUCCACUGGCGUUCGGGAGUUUUUGGAGAGGCGCCAGAGAGAAAUAG